AUGUACCCCAAAUCUCUUGCAGUUGUCGUCUUAUUGUCUUCAGUCUCCCAUGUUCUCUCACAAUUGCAAGGCAAAGCAACUGUUAACCUAGCCAAGGAAAUUGGAAAAGCUCAAGCUCUUGGUUCAGGGUUCAUCUACGGCUGGCCUGACAAUGGAACCAGCGUGGAUAACUCGAUCCCAGAUUACCUCGCAACUGAUAUCAAGUUCAACGCAAACCGUGGCGGUGGUGCACAAAUCCCCUCUCGUGGUUGGGCCACCGAAGGCUACGAAGGAUAUAUCGGCCGUUUCAACUCAACCCUAUCCAAUUACCUUACCACACGCAAAUAUGGUGCAGAUUUCAUCUUGCUACCCCAUGACCUUUGGGGUGCGGAUGGUGGACAAGACUCAGAGUCCCCUUUUCCAGGCGACAAUGGCAACUUCACUGAGAUGGAAUUGUUCUGGAAUCAGCUCAUCUCUGACUUGAAGACCCACGAUAUGCUUGAUGGACUUGUCAUUGAUGUGUGGAACGAGCCUGAUAUUGACAUAUUUUGGGCUCGCUCGUGGCCUCAGUUUCUAGAUUACUACAAUCGGGCCACUAAACUUAUCAGAAAAGAGCUUCCGGGUGCUGUUCUCAGUGGUCCAGCCAUGGCAGAUUCUCCAAACCUAAUCAACGACAAAUGGCAGACCUGGCUUGAGUCUGCCGCCGGUAACGAGACGAUACCUGAUCGUUUUUCCUGGCAUCAGAUUGGGACUUGGUCGCGUGAGCCUGACACAACCAUGCCUGAUUUUACAACCUUGCGAGAGCGGUAUGGGGUGCCUGAGAAGCCAAUUGACGCCAAUGAGUAUGCCGCUCUCGAAGAACAGAACCCAGCCAACUCUGUCUAUUAUCUCGCUCAGUUAGAACGCCACAACAUCAGAGGUCUACGCGCAAACUGGGCUAGCGGAUCCGAGCUUCACAACUGGAUGGGAAAUCUAGUCUACAGCGCCACUGGCACUUCAGAUGGCACCUACUACCCCAAUGGCGAAUGGCAGGUUUACAAGUACUACGCUUCCAUGAUAGGCGAGAGGGUCUGGACAGCAGCUUCCUCUGAUUUGAAGUUUGAUGUUUUUGCUACCAAGGAUGCGAAGACCAUCAAGAUACUUGCCGGCACCAGAACCAUCCAAGCAUCAUACAACAUCACUGUUGAUGGUUUAAGCGCAGUAGGGCUUCCUAAAGAGGGUGAACUCAAAGUCCAGACGUACCGAUUCGACUGGGCUGGGCCGAAAGGAAAGGUCGACGGCCCUGUUGAUGUUGGAGAACAGAUUUACACAUAUUCGUCAGACACGUUGACAAUUCUAGUUGAUCCUCCUACGAAUUCUACAGCCUUUGCCUACGAGAUUUCCAUUUGA